AUGUAUGCCUCCUGCCACAAGCAAUUGAGCAAAGGUGUGCAAACCCUGGUCCGUCUUUUAAGUUCUUCCCAGAGCUACAAAAGAGGUGCUCUCUCCCUUGGUGAGGGAUGGGGCCAAGUCCCUACCCUGGAACGUGGCUGGAAGAUGCUUUCUCAUAGUGAAGAAGGGAGUAGUUGGCAGAACAAAGAAUGUGUGCGUGUGGAGGCUAGAGGUGGGUGGGUGGGUGCCUUAGCACAACGCCAGGGGAGAGUGAGUGCGGAUAGGAAAAGUGUGUAUGACAUGAAUGGAAAGAACCGAGAGGUCCUUUCCACGGUAUCCGGGAGGGCGCGGGCCGCAGGCCCGACGCGGAGGAGACCGAGGAGACGCGGGAGACCCGGGCGUGACAGGAGGAAGAAACCCGGAGCCGCAGGAAGAUGGCUUCUCCCACCUCCCCGGCCCCGGAAGGCGGGGCCUCCACCCCGCCGAACCCGCCGCGGAUUCGUCAGGUGGGUGCACAAAGUGCGGGAGGGGCGCCGGCACCCCAUUGUCCUCGCGUCCCCCAAGGGCGGGGACCUCAACCCCAAUGCAGAGGCUCCCCAAGGAGCGGGGCCGACACGAGCCGACUUGGCUACAUCGCCUGGCCCAGGAUCAUUCUCUAAACCUCUUUACUCAGUCUCACUUCACACACAGACACACAUACAGACACACACGCAGAUAGCCCUUGAAAAAUACACGUCUUCCAAAACCAGACGUCUCUUCCUCUGGGCUGCCUACAGAGGUGGCAGCCAUCUCCUCCUCGGCAUCAGACCCCUUGUGAAGCCCAAGAUCAUCAGAAAGAGAACCAAGAAGUUCAUCCAGCACCAGUCAGACCCAUAUGUCAAAAUGAAGCAUAAUGAGAAACCCAGAGGUAUUGACAACAGGGUUCAUAGAAGGUUCAAGGCCCAGAUCUUGAUGUCCAACAUUGGUUAUGGGAGCAACAACAACAACAAAAUUAAACACAAACAAACAACAACAAAAAAAAACAAAGCAUAUGCUGCCAGUGGCUUCCGGAAGUUCCUGGUCCACAAUAUCAAGGAGCUGGAAGUGCUGCUGAUGUGUAACAGAUCUUACUGUGCUGAGAUCGCUCAAAAAACCAAGAACCUCAAAGCCAUCAUGGAAAGUUCCGCCCAGCUGGCCAUCAGAGUCACCAACCCCAAUGCCAGGCAGCGCAGCAAAGAAAAUGAAUAG